CAGCGAAAUGCUUGUUCUGAACAUUGGAAUCCUCCCCCGUUCUCGAUGCAAGAUAUUUUCUCGCGGACGACUGCUACGGCCCUUGCGAUACCCGUUGCCGCCUAUAUUGUCGUUCGCUUCUUCCGCCCUCGCCCCCCGCUACCUCCGGGCCCUCGUGGAUGGCCAGUCAUCGGAAACUUGCUCGACAUGCCCAAGGAAGACGCAUGGGUUCACUGGAUCUCCCACAAAGAGACCUACGGCCCAAUAAGCUCUCUGACCGUUCUGGGGUCAACUAUCAUCAUCAUUAGCGACAUGCAAACCACAUUCGACUUACUCGACAAACGCUCUAACAUCUAUUCCGGCCGCCCAACCUUCACAUUUGCCGGCGAUAUGAUUGGUUGGGAUAAACAGCUCAUUCUUUCGCAAUACGGCGAGCGGUUCAGAGCAAUGCGUCUGCUUUUGAAGGGAUUUGUGGGCUCCAAGGCGGCUAUCGUGCCCUUCCAGGCGACCCAGGAGAUCGAGACGCGUUAUUUCUUGGCCCGUCUGCUUGAAAAGCCGGAGACGCUAAUCGCGAAUAUCCGUUUAACUGCAAGUGCCCUGAGCUUGCAAAUGUCACAUGGCUAUCGUAUCGAAACAGAAAAGGUGGACCCUCUCAUCGACCUCGUCGAGACGGCUGCGAAAGAGUUCUAUAUUGCCACAUAUCCCGGUCGUUGGAUCGUUGACGCUAUGCCGUUCUUGAGAUACCUCCCGAGCUGGCUCCCUGGAAUGGGCUGGAAAAAAACCGCGUCGAUCUACAAGGAACACAACUACGCACAAGUCACUAGACCACACGAAUUUGUAAAGCGUCAACUUGCUGAAGGGUCGGCAAGAACGUCUUUUACCGCGGAUGUUCUUAAACGGGAUCCUGACGCUACAACGGAGGAUGCCUUGAUGUGGGCUGCGACGGCUAUCUAUGGCGGAGGCUCGGACCCUUCUUCUGCUGUGCUCGGCGCGUUUUUCCUCAUCAUGCUCCUCCAUCCAGAGGCCCACGACAAAGCACAAGCCGAAAUCGACUCUAUCGUUGGAAAGGACCGGCUACCCACAUUCUCUGACCGAGAACAUCUCCCCUACAUUGAGGCGUUGAUGAAAGAACUCCUCCGCUGGCAUCCUGUCGGUCGCUUAUGUAUCCCGCAUCGAGCCUUGGAGGACGAUAUAUUCAACGGAUACUUCAUUCCAAAGGGAUCUAUCAUUCUCCCACAUAUGUGGCAAAUGUCGCGCGAUACCAAAUACUAUACCGACCCCGAGGCGUUCCGACCGGAGCGGUUCUUGGGUGCUAAUCCUGAACUAGACCCAAAUGUUUAUAUGUUUGGUUUCGGACGGCGUGCGUGUCCGGGACAAGACUUCGCCAAUGCUAUUGUCUAUCUGACUAUUGUCAUGACGUUGUCGGUGUACAACGUGCGAAAGGCCAAGCGGGAGGAUGGGACAGAGAUCGAGCCAGAGGUCAAGUGGGGAACGGGCACUGUGGCUCACCCUGGACCUUUUGAGUAUAGUAUAACGCCACGAUCUCCCGAGGCCGUUGCGCUCAUCACCUCCGUGUACGACGAAUAUCCAUACCCCCCCAGCGACGGGCCCAAAUUGUUGUAA